AUGGCAUCUUGGCCAGGAGUUAUACGGGAUCGUUUAUCCCGGCCGGCGUCCAUGGCAGACUGCUAUACCACCACUAGAAGUGAAGUCUGCCUUCCCAACAUUUCAUUUACCACCACUCCAUGGCUGGAAGAGUUGCGAGGUGGUGCGCGAGUAUGGAGUUCCACAGCAUCAGAAAUCCCGAAACAAUCAUCGCCCCUUCCUUCAGGUGCUUCUGCUCCAAGAACGGCAUCAACAGCGCCAAUAUUCGAAUUCUCCGAACUAGACCUGGUAGAUAAGGACUAUGAAACCACCGAAAACGAGCCCUGGUCACCACAAAAUCUCCGAAAAUGGGAUGAAUAUGAUCCUUCGACCGAGUCAUCCUUGCCGUCCUUCCAGUUUCAGUACCCCCGGGAAAUAGAUGAACCAACCAACUGGUACAAUAUGCCCGCACCGCCCCCUGAAUCAGCCCAUGACACCAGUGCCAAGGUGGGGGAGCUUAUAGUGCAAGUACUAAACGCACAUGAAGAUGUGUUAGCCAAGCGUUAUCAGAUCCGGGAAAUGCGGCAUAUGCUUCGACGAAAACGAGACGAGGAAGAUGAUGUGCGGCUUGUAUUACAGAGCAAGUUGAAUCUCAUAACUGCCGAAAAUGUGCAUGAGGAUGUUGCUGCUAUCAAUCACACUAUCAAUGACCUCCACGUUGCGACAGCGUCUUAUUUCGUCCUUGAAAAUGAAUACCAUAGACAGGAAGACGAACUGGGGCAGUUGGAGCACCAUUACAACAGCCACUUAGAACGAUUGCAAACCAUCUUCAGGUACCAAAGGGGCCUGUUGGCACAGCUCGAACCCAUUACCUCUGACACCGAAUCUUCCUCGGCAGAGUACUCCUCUGACGAUGGGGAAGACACGUUGCCCCAAGCGGCUGAUUACUUUUCCAUGGUUGAUGAGGCACGCAUACUUAUGGAACGGCUGUCGGAGCUAGAGACAGAAUACCUGUUCCUAGUCGACCAACGCGAGCUCCGCGAACGAGUCGGCAUCCCACUCGACAGAGCGGCCCUCAACUUCCUCCUGAGCUACCAAGAUGAAAGGACCAAGAUUGAGACCGAACUAGAAUUAGCCCGCCAUAAAGUCGAGUCGCACCCGGAACAUACCAAUCGCUCCGUGCAGAUUACAGAAGAGGAAGACAACAAUGAUGAGGAAGAGGAGGAGGAAGAGGAGGUAAUGCAGCAUUUCAUGCCCGAUAAACCAGAGGACCAGACGUACAAUGAUCCGCUACACUCCUCGGAAUUCGAGGAUUCAUCGCCUUUCUUUGCAUCCGCGCACUCGCAGGCUGUCAACAAGGGAUCUUUCGUCAAUCGCUGGCUUCUUCAUCGACUGCGGCACUCAAGGGUUGAGAUUAUGCGGUUCAAGUCUACACCUGAACUGGUAGAUCUGGGUAGCAAGGGCUGGGGGUCAGAUAAUAUUAGCCAGAUGGCGAUGAUGCUUUGGUUUCAAGAGGGCGCGGCGAGCGUGGAGCAUAUUAGGAGUCAAUCAGCUAGGUAA